UUUUUUUUUUACUUUUUUCUCGUCUCAAUUUUUGCAUUUUCGUUCAACUGUCAGUCAAUUCUUUGAAAUCGUUAAAAAGUUAUAAUGAGCGAUGACAUUGAGAAGGAAAUAAAGCAAGCACAAGCAAAACGUGCUCAGCUUACUGAAAAAGACAUUCAACAAGCCGUAUUGAACAAUGAUAAACAUGCUAGUCUGACCGGUAUCUCAUACGAUACUGAUUUAUACACCACAGAUAAAUUUGCUGGUUAUUCAACAACAGUUGCUGACGAAGAUGAAGACGAAACUGAUGAGUCAUACCAAGAAAGAAAUCAGAAACUAAGCUCUAUUACAGCUUCAAAGGACAUUCUUGCUGAAGCCAGAGAAGGUGCAGAUGCAUAUGAUCCGUUUGCCGAGACGAAGCGUGAACGUACCAUUGCUGGCCGAGAAAGUGAUUACAACAAAAGGCGAUUCAACCGUGUACUUUCACCUACCCGUAAAGAUGCUUUCAGUGAAGAUCAAAAUGCCGAUGCCGAUUCCAGAUCGUAUGCUGAAGUACAACGUCAAGCCGAGUUAGAAAAGGAAGAACAAAGAGUUUUAAGUAUAAUUGCCCAAAGAAAGAAGGAACAAGCAGAGGCUGGUGCAUCAGCAUCUGCAUCUACGCCACCACAUACGACAAACGCAGUUGAGGAAACACCACGUAAAAAGAGAAGAUGGGACGUUGCUACGCCAGUCAGUCAAAAUGUUGAAGCAACCCCCGUAGGAGGAGUGAAAAGAUCACGUUGGGAUGCUACACCUGUUCGACCCAAUGAACCAGAUGCCACACCAGUUGCUAAAUCUGAAUGGGAUGUAGAAGCUACUCCUCGUGCUACCACAAAACGUUCUCGUUGGGAUGCCACUCCUGUAGCUGGCGCAGCAACAACGACAGCACCAUCGGCAACGCCGAUAGGAGGUUUUGGUAUGAUGACACCUACGCCAGGUCAAUUAGCGCAAAUAAAUCCUGAAGCUGCUAAUGCUUUACGUUGGGAAAGAGAAUUGGAUGUUCGUAAUCGACCUUUGUCAGACGAAGAAUUAGAUGCUAUGUUCCCUACAACCGGUUACAAGAUUCUGGAACCACCUGCAGGUUAUCAGCCCAUUCGUACUCCUGCUCGUAAACUAACAGCUACACCUACGCCCAUGGGUGACGUAGGAUUUGUUAUGCAAGAUGAGCAAAAGCCUGUAAUGGGUAUGGAACUUCCUCAGGAAAUUCCCGGCGUUGGUUCAUUACCUUUCUUCAAAGAAGAGGAUAUGCAACAUUUUGGAAAAUUAUUAGAAGAAAAGGAUGAAGGUUCCAUGUCUAUGGAUGAAUUGAAGGAAAGAAAGAUUAUGCGUCUUUUAUUGAAGAUCAAGAACGGUACACCUCCUAUGCGUAAGGGUGCUUUGCGUCACAUUACGGACAAAGCUCGUGAUUUUGGGCCAGGACCGCUCUUUAACCAGAUCUUACCAUUGCUCAUGUCGCCUACCUUGGAAGAUCAAGAGCGUCACUUGUUGGUAAAGGUAAUUGACCGUAUUCUUUACAAGUUGGACGAUUUAGUUCGUCCUUUUGUUCACAAAAUCUUAGUCGUCAUUGAACCUCUCUUAAUUGAUGAAGAUUAUUACGCCCGUGUUGAAGGCCGUGAGAUUAUCUCCAAUUUAUCGAAGGCUGCUGGUCUUCCCACCAUGAUUACGACUAUGCGUCCCGAUAUUGAUCAUCCUGAUGAAUAUGUUCGUAAUACUACUGCACGUGCUUUCUCUGUUGUUGCCUCUGCCUUGGGUAUUCCAGCGCUUCUGCCUUUCCUGAAGGCUGUUUGUCGUUCUAAAAAGUCAUGGCAGGCCCGUCACACUGGUAUCAAAAUUGUUCAACAAAUUGCUAUCCUUUUGGGCUGUGCUGUCUUGCCCCACCUUAGAAAUUUGGUAGAAGCUAUCGGGCAUGGUUUGGAAGAUGAACAACAAAAAGUGCGUACUAUUACCGCUUUAGCUAUUGCUGCACUAGCUGAAGCUGCCGCACCCUAUGGUAUUGAAUCGUUUGAUUCUGUUUUGAAACCGUUGUGGACUGGUAUUCGUAAACAUCGCGGUAAAGGUCUUGCUGCCUUCUUGAAGGCUAUUGGCUAUAUUAUUCCUUUAAUGGAUGACGAAUAUGCCAACUACUAUACAAAGGAAGUUAUGGUUAUUCUGAUUCGUGAAUUCCAGUCCCCAGAUGAAGAAAUGAAGAAGAUUGUUUUAAAGGUUGUGAAGCAAUGUGCUGCUACAGAUGGUGUUAUGCCUGCUUACAUCAAGGAAGAAAUCUUGCCUGAAUUCUUCAAACACUUUUGGGUUCGUCGCAUGGCUUUGGAUCGUCGUAACUAUAAACAAGUUGUUGAAACAACAGUAGAGCUGGCAAAUAAAGUAGGUGUUUCAGAAAUUGCAAGCCGUAUUGUCAAUGACCUGAAGGAUGAAAGUGAACCUUACCGUAAGAUGGUGAUGGAAACAACAGAGAAGAUUAUCUCUAACUUGGGUGCUGCUGAUAUUGAUCCCCGUUUGGAAGAAUUAUUGAUCGAUGGUAUUCUUUAUGCUUUCCAAGAACAGACUGUAGAAGACGUCAUUAUGUUGAAUGGUUUUGGCACGGUGGUCAAUGCAUUGGGUAUGCGUAUUAAGCCUUACCUUCAACAAAUUUGUUACACUAUCUUAUGGAGACUGAAUAACAAAUCUGCCAAGGUUCGUCAGCAAGUCGCAGAUUUAAUUUCUCGUAUUGCUGUGGUUAUGAAGAGCUGCGGUGAAGAGAAAUUGAUGAGUCAACUGGGUCAAAUUCUUUACGAAUGCCUGGGUGAAGAAUAUCCUGAAGUACUGGGUUCUAUCUUGGGUGCUUUGAAGUCCAUUGUAAAUGUUAUUGGUAUGGCCAGUAUGACUCCACCUAUCAAGGAUCUGUUGCCUAGACUGACUCCUAUCUUACGUAAUCGUCACGAAAAGGUGCAAGAAAACUGCAUUGAUUUGGUUGGUCGUAUUGCUGAUCGUGGUGCUGAGUAUGUGUCUGCUCGUGAAUGGAUGCGUGUUUGUUUUGAAUUGUUGGAUCUUUUGAAAGCACAUAAGAAGGGUAUCCGUCGUGCAUCGGUAAAUACAUUCGGUUAUAUUGCUAAAGCUAUUGGCCCGCAAGAUGUGUUGGCUACAUUGUUGAAUAACUUGAAGGUUCAAGAACGUCAAAAUCGUGUGUGUACGACUGUAGCUAUUGCUAUUGUAGCAGAAACUUGUGCGCCUUUUACCGUUUUACCAGCCCUUAUGAAUGAAUACAGAGUUCCAGAAUUGAAUGUGCAAAAUGGUGUGCUGAAAUCAUUAUCAUUCAUUUUCGAGUACGUCGGUGAGAUGGGCAAAGAUUACAUCAAUGCUGUUGCUCCUUUAUUAGAAGAUGCUUUAAUGGAUCGUGAUCUUGUACACAGACAGACUGCUUGUACAACGAUUAAACACAUGGCAUUGGGUGUAGUAGGUCUAAACUGUGAAGAUUCUCUGCGACAUCUGUUGAAUUAUAUUUGGCCAAAUAUCUUUGAAACAAGUCCACACGUGAUUAAUGCGGUUAUGGAAGCCAUUGAAGGUCUACGUGUUGCUCUGGGACCUUGUACAAUUCUGCAAUAUACCUUACAAGGUCUUUUCCAUCCAGCAAGGAAAGUACGUGAAGUUUACUGGAAAAUUUACAACACGUUGUACAUAGGCUCUCAAGAUUCUUUAGUGCCUUUUUAUCCCCGUAUGGAAGACGACGAAAGGAAUACUUAUCAACGCCCAGAGCUGGAUUACGUUUUCUAAACUCUGUGCCUGUUGUUCUCCCUAAAAUAUUGUCAUUAUAUAUAUACAUAUAUACACACAUUUACUCAAAGCCAACUUUUUUCGUUACAAUUUUAACAACUGCAAUAAAUGCUUCGAAUUUGAUUAUCAAACAUGCGCUGUUGUGGGGUUGGUAAAACCGCUGUUGAUCCGGUAAAUUUAUUGUUUGAGCGGAA